AUUCUGGUAAUCUAGCAUUCUAGCUCAGCGCUGCCUUCACUCUUGCGCCUAUAAAUUGGGCACCACUCACCGCCUCGGUCUGCACACAUACUCAUCAGCUUACUGAGCAACACCCAGAGAGAGCACGAGAGAGUGAGUGAGAGAGAGAGAGAGAGGGAAAAAGAUCGAAGGCGAGCAAGAGAGAUGGCAGCUACAGGCACCACGCUCUCGUUCCCGGUGAUCAACAUGGAGAAGCUCCAGACCAAGGAGAAGCCCGCGACCAUGGCGGUCCUCAACGACGCCUGCGAGAACUGGGGCUUCUUCGAGCUGCUGAACCAUGGCAUCUCCCACGAGCUGAUGGACGAGGUGGAGCGUCUGAACAAGGCGCACUACACCAGCUGCCGGGAGCCCAAGUUCCAGGAGUUCGCGGCGCGGACGCUGGAGGCCGGCGAGAAGGGCGCCGACGUCAAGGACGUGGACUGGGAGAGCACCUUCUUCGUCCGCCACCUCCCCGCCUCCAACCUCGCCGACCUCCCCGACCUCGACGACCACUACAGGCAAGUGAUGAAGCAAUUCGCAUCGGAGAUACAGAAGCUGUCGGAGAAGCUGCUGGACCUGCUGUGCGAGAACCUGGGCCUGGAGAAAGGGUACCUGAAGCAGGCCUUCGCGGGGUCCAACGGCCCAACGUUCGGCACCAAGGUGAGCGCGUACCCGCCGUGCCCGCGCCCGGACCUCGUCGACGGCCUCCGCGCGCACACCGACGCCGGCGGCAUCAUCCUGCUGUUCCAGGACGACCAGGUGAGCGGCCUGCAGCUGCUCAAGGACGGGGAGUGGGUGGACGUGCCGCCGAUGCGCUACGCCAUCGUCGUCAACAUCGGCGACCAGCUGGAGGUGAUCACCAACGGGCGGUACAAGAGCGUGACGCACCGCGUGCUCACGCGCCCCGACGGCAACCGCAUGUCCAUCGCCUCCUUCUACAACCCCGGCGCCGACGCCGUCAUCUUCCCGGCGCCCGCGCUCGUCGCCGCCGAGGAGGAGCGCGCGGCGUACCCGAGGUUCGUGUUCGAGGACUACAUGAACCUGUACGUGCGCCAGAAGUUCGAGGCCAAGGAGCCACGGUUCGAGGCCAUGAAGUCCGCCAUCGCCACCGCGUGAGCAAGAAACGCCGAAAGCUAGAAUGGGCGUGGUGGCUGCGUGCAUGCGAGAGCUAGCUGGACACAAUGGCCACGUGUAUCGUGUACGGUACAUAGCCUGCUUAUAGGUGUGGUGUGGUGUGGUGUGGUGUAAUGUAUUGUAUUGUUUAAGUUGCGUCUCGGAUCUAUAUGUACGUAUGUAUUGCAAAGUGUGUAGCGUGCCUAUUUGUACGAGCAACGUGUGCGUGACCAGGAGUUGGUCUGUUACUGUUACUGCCACAUCAUGUUUGGCGAUAAGUAGUUUUCAUCUUUGAGGCAGUGAGUUAUGUGAUCCACUUGUCGGGAACAAAUCAAUUGAAGCUUAAAAAA